AGAGGUCCACAAACAAAUUUCUAAAUUCCAAGUAAAUGAAUGGAACUGAAAGAAAAUAAUUGCCGGUUAAAAUGGCAUAGAAAAGACAUUAGUGUAACAUAAAGCAGUUCGGAGAGGAAUUUUCGCUGGAGAAUCAAGCCAGUUGAUGUAAAUGGCACGACCUGAGGGAUAAUCAUAACCCAUUCAAUCACGCGUCAUGCUCCCGUGACAUGGAGAGAGUUAGUGCCUGCUACUGCUGCCAUGGAAACAGCCCACCGCCAGCAUCGACAAGUUCCUGUCCGUUGCCGUCGGCGAUGGACAUCGACAGCGCCCUGCACGAGUUGGGCAUGCUCAGCACGGUGACGGAGAGCCGGCGGCAGUUCCUGCGCGAGCGCGAGUGCGCGCGAGAGCCCAAGCCCAGUAGCAACCCCAACAGCCCGGCGAAACCCGGUUUCCGCGUGCUGCACAUGAAUUCGCAGUACGUCACCGGGCUGCUCGUCGCGCCCGCCAGCGCCGCCGUUCGGACGGGACGCACAAAGUCGCUGCGCGGACUGAGGGAGCGGAACCGCAACGUCGGCGCCCCCUACGCACGCGCGGACGCCGCUGCGGCAGUGGCGGCAGGUCCUGGCAAGUCGGCGGGAAGAAUGAGGUCCGCGCGGCGGUUCAAGCGGCCGUACCAGGUGCCGUGGCACGACUCGGCGCACACCACCGCUCGCGACGCGUCGGCGCCGCCGCCCGUCGAUCCGCCGCCGCCGGCGAGGGAGCGUAACAUAUCAGAGUCGUCCGAGUUGCCGCAGUGGGAGCCGGCCGGCUUUGCAAGGUCGAAAUCUCUCGACGACCUUCGCGUUGACCUUGGGAAGCUGCUCGAGGUGCCGGCCGAAGGUCGCAGCGUGGUGCGAGACAAGAAAGAGAUCGACAAGGUCUCGCAGCAUCUUCAGAAUUUACAGGUUAAAUAGCGCUCGCGGGGAUAUUUAUUUCGGAGUGGGUAACUUACUAGGGGUUAGUGUUGUUUCGAUGUGAGAGGGGCAUAGAGAGAGCUACAGACAUCUUUAGCAGUUUUUACCUUGUAGUUUACGUUUUAAAUUUGCCUGUGGUUUCUCGGAAAUAGAUCUGAACAACACCGUCUACUUCUAUUUGAUGUUCUAUCGACAAUUUCAUCAUUUACAAUUAUUGUAAGUGUAUGACCAAGUGUUGAAUUUUGUCUACACUUUUCCUGUGUGCUAUAAUAAUGGCCCUGUCACAUCUUGACGAUUUAGCCAGCGUAUGCCGACGUAUGAAAAAUUUGGCGAAUACGCUGGCGUA